AUGAAGAAGUUUGGAAAGCGUCAUUCCAUUAAAAUGAAUCGAAUUCAUGGUGAGGCUGGUUCUACUGAUAUAGAAUCGCUUCAGAUUAACAAGGCUGCCAUCAAAGAGAAGAUAGAGGGAUAUAGUGCUUGUGACAUAUAUAACUUUGAUGAAACAGCACUCUUUUAUGCUGCCCCACCAAGAACAACAAUUUCUCACCAGAAAUUUUCUGGUUGGAAAGAUAACAAGAAGCGCCUGACUGUAGGUCUCUUGUGUAAUGUGGAUGGAAUGGACAAGUGGUCCGAUGUACUGAUGAUUGGGCAUGCAAGAAGACCAAACUGCUUCAACAAAAACAACAAGAAGCAAGAAGCAAGUGAUCAUGAAUUCUCCAUGUAUCAUUACAAUAGCAAUGCUUGA